GAGACUCUGGCACCCAGGGUACCAUUUAACAAGAUUGAUGUACUUUAUUUCAAUUUUUAAUUUUACUGUAAAAGAAUUCAUUCGGUUCAGUCAGAAAGAGCUCCUGUGCCAAUAUAUAUGAUCAUAUAAGUGCCCUGUAUAUAAUCCUAUUCUCGGCCAGUUACGUCAUACCCUCGCAACGAAUGACAUAAUCGGCUCAGUUGAUGAUACAUCGUGAAAACGUCGUCGGGAAACGUCGGCAAAUCGAAGGCCGUGUUGUAUAAAUACUGUAUUUUCAAGGUAAAUCACAUUUCAUCCGCCUUUUGGGGAUUUGUUAUUUGGUUGUUUGGUGUUCAUAUAAGCCAUUGUACAUUUACGUUACGUAGAAUGACUUUUAUUGUUUUUAGUUGUCUUGUGUCCUGAUAUUUCAAGCUGGGAGCCUUCUCGUCAAAAAUGAAUUCGUUAUUUGGGACAAGCACCCCGUUCGAAACGAAGAAAACGCCGAUAACUGAUGUGUAUACUAUAACGAGCUCGGUUCUUGGUGUCGGUAUUAAUGGCAAAGUUGUCGAAUGUGUGGAGAAAAAAACCGGGAACAAGUAUGCAUUAAAGGUGAGCCGAAUUCAGUGGCUUUUGUGUGCAUGCAGGUUUGACAUUGUGAAGCAUAUAUCUUCAGAACCAAGCUACAGUAGAUCUCUUUAAAUACAGUAAUGAGUAAUAUCAAUACUAUUAUCAAAUAUAGUGCAGUCUUGCGGGAAGUGCAAAGCACAGGAAGUUGAAUUUUUUUAUUGAAGUGCAAUGUCAUGUAUUAAGUCCGUUAAAAUUUAAUUAAUAUUUACUUCUGUUAAUUUGUUACAUGAUUUGGAAGUAUCUUCCAUAGGAAAUACAAAAUCAUGUAUGUAGUGACAGUGAUUUAUGAGGCAAUAUAGUACAUUUCCUGUAUUAUUUAUUACAUGCAGAUUAUGUUGUUUGCCAAGGAUUGUUCAAUGAUAUUUUGAAAUGGCAUUAAUAGGUUAUAGGCUUGUAGCUUCAAUUCUACAAUGUAGCAAGUUUACCUUUAUCAGGGUUUUUUUUCAGGAUUUUCUCUUGGGUCUGUUUUUGCAGAGAAGAUUGAGUUUAGCUGAACCCCCCCCCCCCCCCCUACCUGUACUCAAUAAAUGUAGUUGAGACGGAAUGUGUUAAAGAAGGGGCACUAAGGGACACUAUAAACUGGUUAAAGAUGGCGAAUGCAUAGUUUUUCUUGUGUUGUGAGAUGAAUUCCAGCCAUUUUUUUUAAUUGUCGGGUUUCCAACUGAAAACUAAUUUCCACACGUCACAAAUUUAACUCAAACAACUUCAUUUUUACUGCACUGAAACUUUGGUGAGAAGAUUGAGUUUCAAAACUCAAUUCAAGAUUGAGUUUUUGGGGCCGUUUAAUGGCCCUAAAAAAUCCCUGAAAAAAAACGCUGCUUUAUAGAUCCUUACCAGAUUAGAAAGUUUGCAGCGUGCAGACAAUAAAUCCCAGACUGCACACUUCAAAUGGCCAUUUGGCCGUGUACUUUCAAGACAGCUUCACUUGCCUGCACACUUUGGUAAUAUUUGAUAAUAGAUAUUCUGAUUAAAUUGUAUAUUAUUUUAAAUCCAGAAAAACAGAAUUAUGUAUUCAACAUUUUGAGGCUGUCUGUGCAAAUUGGUGGUCAAAAUUCUGUCUUCGUACACAAUUUAUUUUUCCAAGUUAAUCAGUUGCAAAGUGUAGGAUUAUUUCAAAAGUCAGUUUUCAAAGUAUCAGUCAAUGUGAUGGCUAGUUAAUUAGUUGUCUUUGCACAGAAACCAAGUAAUGUCAGUACUCAGCAAUGCCAUGCAGACCUGUCAAGGUUGCAAAUUGAGUGAAAGCUGCAUUUUUGGCAUAUAUAUACACUUGGUUCAAUUUUGUCUCAGGAGAAAAGUACGGAGAGACGGACUAGGGACAUUUGCAUCAUAAUAUUUCGAAUGUUACUUGUAAAAAUCGGUGCGAAAAUUGUCCGUCUCUCCCUAUACUUUUCUCUCGUAUUUUUGCGCCUUUUUUCACCGCUCGCAUGCAGCGAUAUUUUCAACCAAGGCCGGAUUUUGGUGGAAAUAGUGGAGGGAGGUGGAAAAAACUUUAGGGGAGGUGCAGCGGUUUAACUCACGACCCCCAUGGAAAGUUAGAGAUUAGAAUGGGCCAUCCAAAGUCAACUAUGUGACAUAUGCAUGUUGUGUACAUAUAUGUAUCAGUGUAUUAAUGAAUUAUGACUUUGCAACAACUCAAUGAACUCAUCCAAUUUUGCCCUUCAUUACAAUUACCACAAAGUUUCUUUCAAAACAUCGCAUUAAAAGGGUUCUUGACACAGAGAUGAAAGGCUAUCACUGUUUCAAUUUUACAGAAAAAAGUUUCUUACAAAACUUGUGUGGACCCUAAGCAAACCAAAAAAUGUCAAAUUUUCAAUUUGAUCUAUCAUUGAAACUUUCCCAAGGGGAAGUGCAUAAUUUUUCAGGGGACGUGCAAACAUUCUCGGGGGAGGUGCAAAACGAUCUCAGGGGAGGUGCACACCUCCCCUCAAAAUCCGGCCAUGUUUUCAACCCCUUGAGAGACGGACUUGAACCAAGUCUGGCAUAAAUAUUUCACCACUCACAUGCAACAAAAUUUUGAAAAUUGCACUUUCAAGACUUGGCUAAAAUUCAGGGAUGCCGGAACUGGGAGGGCAGGAAGGGCAGCCGCCCCCGUUGCAAUUCACCAGGUGGGGCAAGGGGGCAAAGGUGCCCUUUCAAUUUAAAUGAUUGCCUUGGCAAAAUAGCGAAUUGUCAGAAAUGUUAGCGCAAUUCUUUUACAAAUUUGCUUCAGAAAUCAGAAAACGCAAGAAAUGCAGCCAUCGAGCUUCACAAAUGGCACGAUCGCCUGGUGGAGAACCCCCUCUUACCCCUAUCAUCUAAUAAAUAGAAAACAUGAUUUGGCGAAGUUCAACUCCCGAUGUUUUGCAAACAUCUCUUAGUAUAUAUCAAUUCAAAAGUGCCCUCCAUGCCCUCACAUCGUUUUGGUGUCCCUGCUAAAAUUACAUUACAUAUAAUUAGUGUAGUGUAUCAUCCCGUGUUUUUAAAGUUUUUGACACAUACAUUUUAUCUAAACAAAAUUAAUAAACCUAAAAGUGUAGAUAAAUUUAAGAUGAGAAAACGUCCUUUCUUUGUGUGUGAGCGUAAGAAAUCCUUAAAAUGUGUGUGUCUCGCGUAGAAUGCCAAACUGGGUUUCAUGUGAUUCAAAUUUGGAGCAGAAUAGCAAAGCAGAUGAAGAAAUAAUCUCACCUUUACAUCUGUCAAUCUUAUAACUGAAUACUACAUGUACAUUUAGAUACUUUAAUUUGCAAACCUAUUGCUAACCUUCCGACCUGAUUUGCAAACCUAUUGCUAACCUUCUGACCAGUCUGUCAAAGUCUGUCAGAAUCUAUACAGACAAUUUAGUUUUAAAAUUCUUGUUUAUCCCAGCACCAGUGACUUGUGAAAUCAUCUGGCAAAAGACGGAGUACAACAGUAAAGUAGGGCGCAUUAGGUCACAGUGUCACACUGCAACUUGGUUAAAAUAUAAAGAAGUUAUUGAUACAGCUCUCUUUGCGACUUCAUAUUCCAGAAUCACAUUUAAAAGAAGCUCGACUUUCAAAAAGUUUGUCCACACAAAAUCUGGAGUCAUCACGAAUCUGGAUACGUGUGGAAGGUGUGGACGCAUAAAUGUUUGAAUCCGCAACAAAUUGACGAUUUUACUUGUCAAGGGGAGAGUGCUGGCCACUCAUGGAUUAACCGAGCGCGAGGUCUGUAAGAGAAAUAUCGGACCGAGGUCUUUUUUGAACAGACCGAGCACGUACGAAAACUUCGAAAAGACUGAGGUCCGAUAUUUCUCUGUACAUAUCGAGCAAGCGAGGUUAUUAAAAAGUUUAUUAUAUGACAUUUAUACUUGAAACAAACAAGAAAUGCAUGAUUUGAAAUGCAUAUUUAAUAGUAGCGUGGUCGAAGAAAACAAAAAAUACCAACGGAUUCCUUUUCCACUAAAAACCAUUUGCAGAUAUCUUAUUAAUAACAAAUUAAAUUAUAAUUUUCAAUAAGUUUUGCUGUUUUAAAAUGCAUGCGUUUGUUUUGACGUACGGGAAAAUAAUGGGCGGCUGAAAGUGCUUCUCAACCAAUCACUGUCCGCCAUUUCGCCGGAAGUGAUGCUUGUCAUAUAAUAAUAGAUGUUAUUAGCGUGGGUGAAUCUCAAAUUCCAUCGAUUUACGUCAUUCCGGUUCCAAUGGCGUCUACACGCAUCCGGAUUCGUUGCGUUUUCAAACGUUUUCAGUUACGGUGCGCAGAGGCUUUGUGUUUUGUUUUGGGUUUUUUCGAAGUCUGUAGGCGGGAUAGUCGCGGGCUAGGCAGGCUAGGGGAAAGUUACCCCGCCUGCAGACUUCGAAAAAAGCCAAAACAAAACACAAAGCCUCUGCGGAGGAGAGUGGUUACGGUGCGCGUUUUCGUCGGUACGUGUGCACGGAAGGCGUAUGCUCAGCAAAAUGUUUGCGAAUACAAACGAACCCGGUUACAUGGGGGCCUAUGUUUAUGAAUUAUGGUAGACCCGAAUUCAAUCUUUGCCAUCUGGAGCAUCUUUUAUAUUUUACACCCCAAAUGAUUUCAUGAAAUUUGGGAAUAGGGGGUCUCGCCAUGAGUUUUAUACUUGAGGCAGCAAUUCCCAUAGUUAUGUAUUACAAUUUAAAACUUCAUGUUAGAGCCACAAGACUACCAAUAGAGCAUAUAGAAGUGUAAGCUUACGUCACGCAAUUCCUGAUACAUAUGACUUUUGGCAAUUCCUGAUACAUAUGACAUAGUGCAUUGUGGGAUACUCGUGGUGCAGAUGGAAUUUUUCGAACCAACAAAUUUAUACACAUGCUUAAGGCCGUUUUCCACUUCAAGCGCACCGUAACGUAUCAAAACCAAUUUUAAAUUUCAAAAUUUAGUGAAUGUUGAUUGUUUAAUACUUCCGUAGUACGCUAAAAAGUUGACUUGCGACGAACUUUUUAUUUUGAUACGCGAAUCAACCGGAAGUACGUAAAUUUGAAAACCCAUCUUCCAGCUGCGCAUGCUCACCGGUACGUUACGGUACGAUACAUGCGAAGUGGAAAACGGCCCCUAAGCCAGUUUUCCACUUCAACCGUGUCGUAACGUACCGUAGCAUUUAUCAGGGCCGCCCAAAAAAUUUUUGUUGGGUCCCAGCCUUUUUUGUGUGUUAAAUAUUUCCGCGCAAAGGACAAGAUAUCUGUUUUCUUGGGCUAAGUACCGAAUUUUGGCAUAAUGACAUUUUGGUUGUUCUCCGGAAAAAAAUUUUUCCGGGAAAAUUUUUUUAGAUAGGGGCCCCUAAAAAAAAAUUGCCCCGGGCCCCCGCCAACCUCUGGGCGGCCCUGAGCAUUUUCUUGUGUGUCGAAGUCAUUAGUUCCACACUACUGGUCAGGAAACAAAGGAAUACGCUACGUUUCGGUACGGUUGAAGUGGAAAACAGGCAUUAGACCUAACCAGGAGCAGUUGUAAAAAAUACAACUAUACAGGGUGUCCAAAAAAAACCCGAAAACUAUUGAAAUCACUUAUUGUUAAAAUUGAAUGCCCUACCAAAAAGCUGAACGUAAUGAUGCGUAAAAUAUUGACAAGGUGCAUGUAUUAAAAUUUAGUUAAGAACAUCUUGUAAAGUGCGCGAUUUUCUGCUCUUGGGAAUUUAAAGCAGCUUCCUAAAUAGUUUCUUUAUGCAUAAAAUUUACUUAUGUCAAUCAUUUAUGCACUCGUGGGAACCAACAGAGUGCUAAGGCAUUCAAAUUCUAACAAAUUGUUAUUGGUGAUUUCAAUAGUUUUCGGGGGUUUUUUGGGACACCCUGUAUAUAGACCCUCUGGGCUCUGGCAGGGAUCUGCCCUGCGAUUUCGGUGCAGUGCUCUAACCAACAGAUUCAUGUAUAUAUAAUGGGUGAUGCCAGUGGAAAGUAUAAUAUGGAUAAAUAUUGAGAUCUUUGGGCAUCUCAUGGUCUUUCGUUAGAUGGAAUUUUUGGGACCACAAGGCACGCUGUUUCCCUUGGUGUCAGUGUAGAAGUGAUAAUUGUUGUAUGUGCCAGCGUAGGUAGUGACAAUAGGGAGUUUAAGAUCUUGACGACGAACUACCGACUACGUUUGAAAUAGUUUUUGUUGUAUGUAUGCAAAUACUAAAUGCUUCUCAUAACAAAUUUAUCCCAAAUAUGUUUUAUAUGCAUGCAUGGCUUUGUGUUCGGCAAGUUUCAUCUUUUAAUUUUCAUCAUUUCUAUAUAAAAAUGCUUUCCAACCUGCAACGUUGCGUAGUCAGUUUCGGUGCUAUGUUCUUGAUUCUGUUUUACAACACAAGAAUGUGAUUUUACGCUGUAGUCAAGGUCGCUGAAAAGUAUGCUCUGGGGAUAUGUAAAUUUUGUCUGCCUUUGUUAAAGCAAUGCGAAAACAAGCCUUCAACCGUACUUCGUACCCGUUGUUCGUUGUCGGGAUCUUAAACUCCCUAUUAACACCAGACAGCUGCAGGUUGAGAGGGAUUCAAUUUGUUUAAAUAUUCAUUUGUUCAUUAUACAAUCACUUUAUGGUUUCCGUGUUUGGAUGGCCUGAUCCAAACACGCGGGAAUGUUGCGAGGGUUAAGAAAAGCGAGCGAAAGGCGAGUGAUUUUGCCCGCUUUUCUUAACUCGAGCAACAUUCCCAAGUGUUUGGAUCAUUCCAUCCAAACACGGAAACCAUAAAGUAAUUGUUUUAUAAAAUAACAACAACACGAUAGUCUUCCGUGUUUGGAUGGCCUGAUCCAAACACGGGUUUCGACCAAUCAGAAUACGCGUUAUGUACAUGUUAUUUUAUAAUUAGCUUUGCCAACUAGGGCAGGGUCACCACAACAGCAUAUGCCAAUUACUGUGGGCCCUUUUACCUAACCCACCCUGUCAACUUUCCCUGUGGGAGGAAACUUGAGUACCCGGAGAAAACCCACGACUUUCGGCAGAGCGUUGACUUUUACUCUUUUCACAUGAGGACUGAGUUCGAGUCGCAUUGAGAAAGUUCUCACUGAGGCCUGAACCUGCGGCCUCAGAGGUGAAAGGCAAGUGCGCUAACCACUUCGCCACCGAAGCCCCCUAUUUGUUCGUAUUGUUCAAGUAUUUGAAUCCGUCUCUGGACAUUGUUGUAGUUGUAUACCUUUUCUGAAACAGUUCCCGCGGCAUAUAUAGGUGUUUUCAGACAUUACAUUUUUGUGGUUAGUAAUCUCCAGUUUUAUACACUAUACAUGUUUUUUCAAACGAUAUAUCUUUGUGGUUUAUCUUGUAUCCAGGUAUUGCAAGAUAAUGCAAAGUCAAGAAGAGAGUUAAGUUUACAUUGGAAGGCUGGUGCAUGUCCGUUUAUUGUAAAAAUUAAAGAAGUGUAUCAGAAUAAAUUUAUGAAACGGGACUCUUUACUGGCCGUUAUGGAAUGGUACGUCUUUAUUUUCUUGUAAUUUCCUUAUCGUAAUGCUUAUGGAAUACCUGAACUCAAGUAAGCAUAUAUAUAUAUAUAUAUAUAUAGCUACACAGUUUAAGACCUAACCAGGAACGGUUGCGAACAAUGCAAGACUAUAGGUCCUCUGGCAGGAAUCGAUCCUGUGGCCCUGCGAUUCAGGUGCAUAGUUCCAACUAACUGAGCUACAGAGGCCAGUUGUCGAACUGUAACCGCAAAUUCAUAUAUAUAUAUAUAUAUAGAUUUUCGGGUGUGCGGGUUGUGAUAAGAUGUUUUUUGCACUUCACUCAGUUGAACUUGAAAGCUUUUCAAUUUCAACCAAGUGAAGUGCAAAUAACAUCUUUCAAGGUUUCCUUAUGUCCUUAUUGAAAUACUCUUUAUAGUUCUAAAAUGUUGUCUCUAGAGGUCCAGUUAGGCGAAACCCUUAAUUAAUCCUAUGUCGAACUCUACAUCCCAUCGAGCCAUCCCAUUGGCAUAUCAAAUCCGAUGAAACUCCAAUUAAAUAUGGUGUUCCACAAAGUUCAGUAUUGGGUCCCCUUUUAUUCCUCUUAUAUAUUAAUGACUUCCAUAACUGCAAUGACAUUUUUGAAUUUAACAUAUUUCCAGAUGACACUAAUCUUUUUCAUGCUAAUGCAAAUCUUGUUAAUCUAGAAAUAACUAUUACAGUCAAUUUCAGCUGACUUUUCAUCGUAAGAUUCCGAACUUCGUUCCGAACUUCGCAAAUUCGUUGCCAAGUUCAAAAUUUCAUAAUGAAAUUCACAAACAGGUUUGUAAACAGGGCAUUUGAUUGGCUGGUUUGAUUUAAUAGCCAAUCAGAGGCUUUGUUUACAAACCUGUUUGUGAAUUUCAUUAUGAACUUUUGAACUUGGCAACGAAUUUGAGAAGUUCGGAACGAAGUUCGGAAUCUUAUACGAUGAAAAGUCAGCUGAAAUUGACUGUAAUAGAAAUUUGGAGAAAAUUUUUGACUGGUUGGCAGCUACAAACUGUCAUUAAAUAUUGACAAAACAAACUUUGUUUUGUUUCAUCCCCCUCAGCGAACUCCAAAUCACGUGAUUGCUUUAUUUAUCAACAAUAGUCAAAUUAAACAAGAAAAAGAUAUCAAAUACUUAGGAAUUUUCCUUGACUCAAACUUACGUUGGAAAAGUCACAUUACUCAUAUAUCAAACAAAAUUAAACGCUGCAUUGGUGUAAUCUCAAAAAUUCGCAAUUCGUGGAUUUACAUAUGCUUAAACAAUUAUACUAUACCCUCAUUUAUCCAUAUUUGACGUACACUUUACCAGUUUGGGGUAAUACAUAUCUAUCUAAUCUUGAUAUUCAGUAAUAAGGUUGCAGAAAAAGGCAGUCAGAAUUAUGACUUUCUCUAGUUUUAGGGCACACUCAACCCCUCUUUUCAAACAUUGUGACAUACUUAAACUAUCAAAAUGCUCUCAUAUUCAUGUUUGACUUCCACGUGGGUAAUUUACCCGCUGUCUAUGAUAAUUUCUUUCAAAAUGUUUCCGAAGUACAUAAUUAUAACACUAGGUCUUCUACAAAAAUUUUUUUAUAUAUUCCAAAAAUUCGGACAGAUUAUGGUCGGUUUAAUCUGCGCUACUGUGGUAGUUUAAUCUGGAAUUCCAUUGAUAGUAAAUUGAAAUCUCUAAGCAAAUAUAACUUCAAAAAAUUAUUUAAAAACUCUCUACUUCAAGCUUAUAAUGACUAAAUUCUGUUUCCAUUUGUGACAUUUUUGAUGAUAUAUUCUUUUGCGUCUAUUGUACUUUGUCUUUGCCUUACCUGUAAUGCAUGUGAUUUGAUUAUAUCAGUACUAUAUACAUUUCGUCUUUCGCUUGCGUCUUUUGUCUAAAUGUGCUACUUUGCUUGAUUAGCCCUUAUGGUUAUUUCUUUGUAGCCUUUACUCUAUAUUUGUAUAAUGUAUUUUGUUGUAAAUUAUUGUAUUCACCUCAGAGUAUUAAAUUAUAUGUUAUGUUAUGUUAUGUUAUGUUAUGUUAUGUUAUGUUAUGUUAUGUGGGCCGGAGAUUUGAAAUCCAUAGAAUUCCCGCACAAAUUCCUGUAAAUUUUAUUGCCUUGGGGAGAAUUGCUUCAUUUCGUUAUUAUGUAUAUUUUAGUAUGACUGGUGGUGAGUUAUUUGAAGCGAUUCAAAGUAGAUCGGAAACACACAAACCGUUUACGGAAAGAGGUAAAUAAAACACUUUUAAAUUAGACAAUCUUCCCCACAAACUAUACAAUAGUACAGAACAGAGUGUUCCGAUGUUGAAAACUGUGGUGUCGUGUAACUGUUUAGGUAUUCUUUCUCAUAUAACACUUAUGCGUUAUUCUAAUUACGCUAUUCUAAUUCUAUAUAAUAACUUGAAAUCUGGUAAGGUAUACACCCUUUCGAUAAUUACAUUAUUUGGCCUGGGAGCCUCGCUCUCAUGAAUCGUGAGCCAAUCACCUUGCGUAAUUUACUAAUGAGAGCGAGGCUCCAAGACCAAAAAGUAUGUGUGACGUAAUUAUCGAAAGGGUGUAUUGCACAAAGAAUUUUGGUCACAUGCAUGCAUUCAUGACGUCAUAAGUCGUCAAGUUGAAUACCCAAAUAUUUAUAUAUGAACAUGUUUUACAACGUUUAGAGGCUGCAGAAAUAAUUCGAACAGUGACACUCGCUCUUGCUCACUUGCAUUCUUUGGAUAUUGCCCAUCGUGAUUUAAAGGUUAGUUGCAUUUACAGUACAUACGUACAUAUUUAAAUUAAAGGUCUAUUUUUAUUACUGAAAGCUGUAAUUCGAAUUAACAUUUAUACUCAUUCGUACAGUAUACACAAUGCAACACUGUGUUUGUAACCCCUCAAAAUUUUGUUAUGAAUUAACGAAUUUGCGAGAGUUAUUAUGAAAAUACUGAAAUAGGUCAGUGGAAAAUUUCAAAUAAGGUCUGCUCUCAAAAACUUUUUCAGAAGAAGAAGUUUAUUAAAACCUCCCCCAGUCUGUUAACUCCCUUCCCUGACAACAGAGAAACACAUGUCCACCGACUAGAUGUACAUAUAUAUUAAUCAUGGAGGUUCACGUAAUAUGUAAAUAUUACUUGUUACUUGCUGUGUUUCGCCUAAAUCACAGGCGAGCUUAAGUAACCGACGUUCUUGAAGCGACUGUCAUUUUAUGUUGUAACUGGAUAAUUAAGCAGCUUUCCUAAUAACCCCUCGGAGCUUAAUGGAGGAUACACUGUACUGCAGUAUACUUUGAAGUUAUCCAAGAUUAAUUUUGCAAGGAUCUAAAAGUACAAAUCCAUAAACUUGAUAUCUUUAUGUAGCCUACAAUAUUCUGAGGAGAUUUUUUGGUAAAAUAUAGCAAUCUCUUUACUCUUUUAGCCUGAAAAUUUACUUUUUACAAACAAACAACCAAAUGCUGUAUUAAAGUUAACGGAUUUUGGAUUUGCGAAAGAAACAACUCCUGAUAAAAUGACUCUACAAACACCAUGUUAUACACCUUACUAUGUAGGUAAGUUGGAAAGAAGAAUAUUUCAUUUUUUGCACAGUAAUUCAACAGUGACUUGCAUGGAAACGAAAUACCCAUGAGAAUACAGUAUCUGCAGUGUACUUGAGAAAUAUCGUGCGCUAAGGCAAUUAUACAUAUAUAUUCAGGCCGUAAAAUAUCGCUCAGAGAAUCGUCUGACAAAAUCUUCGAUGACUUUGAAUUUGGGUCAGACAUACCUGUAUGUACUGUAUUGUGAUGUCCCAUGACUUUGAGUUCAGUUUGGCUUGGAAAUAUGUAUGAAUGCUGCAGACACAAAUUAAUACCAGCACAAUUUGGAAAAGUCAUUCGAAUCUUGCAUGGCAAUGAAUUUCCGAACCCCACGGUGAAAAUCCCGCACUUGAUUACACAUUUCUAGUUCGCUUUUUACACAUUACUUUGAUUCUCCAUUUAACAUACGAGCCUCUAUAGCCCUGAACUAGGAUAUAUUUUGAUGUACGUUGGACAAAGUUGCAGCUAGAUCGUACAAUAAACCUCAAUUUCACUCGGGUCGGACAGAGUGUCCAGUGGUUUCCUCUCUAUGUCUGACAAUUUCACGAAUAGGUCGGACAAUGUCCGUGACCGACCGAUAUUUUAAGGCCUGUAAUAAUAUUGCAUCAGAAGUGUACCACUAUAUCAUACAUCUCAACUACAUAGUGAAACCAGGCUUUUGUGCAACAGGAGUUAUAUUAUAUACAGGUAUAUUAUACAUGCAUAUAUAUCAACACCUGAAUGCCAGAAUAAAAGAGGAUAUAUAUAUAUAUAUAUAUAUAUAUAUAUAUAUAUAUAUAUAUAUAUAUAUAUAUAUAUAUAUAUAUAUAUAUAUAUACACAGCUAAUUAAAAAAAGGUUGUCCUUUGCAGGCCUGGCCGUUUGAGGCACGCGCCUCCGCACGCGCCUCCGCACGCGCCUCCGCACGCGCCUUGACUCCUCGAGACGUGCCUUUUAACGCGCGCCUCGUUUGUUUGAAGAGUACGAAAUCGCGCGUCUGGUUUUUUUAUUCUAAAUGAAAUUUUGCCGGAAUAAAUCCUGGCCAUUUAGACUAGUUAUGAAAGAAUGACUGAUUUAAUGCUGAUAAAAUGAAAUGAUAACAACAUGCUGGUCGGCGAAGGAGCAUAAGGAGAAUCUUCAACGUGCAUUAGAAUUUCACAAGGAGAAAAAGUUCGAAAUUUCACAAACUCGACAGCAACACCAUGGAUGAAGAAAUUCUGUUAAAAAAGUGUAGAAUUGAGAACGACGCCAUAACCAUUGACGAUAACGAUGAUUCGUCAAGCUAGUCGGAAAGCGAUCUUGAGAUUUUUAUUGAUGUUUAAAGUACGAUGUAUCGUAAAUACACGUAUUCACCGGUAUUUACACCAAACAUUUUAUAUAGUGCCUAUACUAAUUUCGUCUAAAUUCUAAUGUUAAAAUUGUUUUGUUCUAUAUAAAUUUUCAAUCAUUUUUGUGAAUGUGUUAUUCUUGUCUGUAUAGCCAAUAAGCGUAAUUUUUACCGCUUUUUAAUCGCGCGCCUGACGUUAAUAUGGCGCGCGAUACGCCGCGCGCCUGCCCAAAUACUUACGGCCAGGCCUGCCUUUGCAAACCUUAAACUCUAAACAUUAAACUCUAAGCGCGCAGAGCAUAAUGGGAGCAAAAAUUUCAAGCUUAGUAGUUGUAUAUUGCAGCUGUUUGUGAGUGAAAUGUUUUCGCAUGGAGAUAUUUACCAUGUCUCUUAGAAAUGGGCUCCAUAUAUGCUUUCUAAACAGCUUAAAUCGUGCUCCCAUUACGCUUUGCGCGCUUAGAGUUUAAGGUUUAAGGUUUUAGAGUUUAAGGUUUGCAAAGGACAACCUUUAUUGAAUUAGCUGUAUGUAUGUAUAUAUAUAUUUCUGUGACAUAUUGUUCGUUGUUGCAUGUAUAGUUGAUCCUAUAGAGGACAUGCAUCAUUAAUUAAAAGUAAGUGCAUGUGUUGAAUUUUGUUAGGACAUAAGAAACUGUGCGGGCCAGAUUGUUUCGGCACAUGAACAUGAUGCUUAAAUAGAAACGCCUGUGAACGCUUCUGGUUGGCCGUUACCCCAACCUCGUGCCCAGGGCUUCUGCGCUUACGAGAGCCAUAAGAGCAGAAGCCCCUGAGUACGAGGCUGGUCUUUACACCCAAUAUGAUUGUUUUGAAUCAGAGUUUUCAAUAUUGUAAUAGUUCAUGUCUAUUAAGACUACGUCGGUACGUGACUGGGUGAAUUUCGAACCGUAUACACAAGUUAUUAUACGGUUAGCUGCAUGUGAAUCCAGUUUCAUGCGCCCGGCGUUUUGCCGCUCAUUGACAUGUGAUGUGAAAUUUUUGCAGCUCCUGAAGUUCUUGGUCCGCAAAUGUAUGAUAAAUCAUGUGAUAUGUGGUCGUUAGGUGUUAUCAUGUAUAUAUUGUAAGUACUUUCAUUGAUAUUCUAUAUUGCGCAUACUAUACUUACCACUGAUGAUAGUGAAGUUCAUUCACUGCACGGAAAAAACAUUCCGGCAUUAAUGUGUGCAAACACAGCCUAAUUAGGUUAAUGUAGCUACUUAUUUUGUUCGUUGUAGUACCAUCUUAAGCACUUUAAAAUCUCUCGGUUUUAAUAAUACUGAAUUCAUUCUCUGCGUGUUUUGUUGGGUUUUUUUAUAAAAACACAUUAAGCAUAUGACUGCGACUGGUGUUGACUAAUGAAUCUCAUGCACCAUCCAUAUCCGUGAUAGAUUGUCGGUCGAAUUGGGCGAGUCGACACACCGGUAGACAAUCUUUAAGGCCUUCUUUCAGGCUUGCUCAUACCCAAUGGUGAUUUACAAAUCUCAUCCGUAACAAAUUGAGUAAAUCCAAGGAAGGUUUGGAAACAUGCAAAAUUAGACAAUUCUCUGUUGUUUGGCUACUGAGUUUCACAUUGAACUGACGUAUUGUAAAUUUCAAUAUCAACAUAUGAUGUAUUCCUAUACCAUGUGGUGACCAGUGGUGGAUAUUUUUGUGUAUUUUAAUUAGAUAGUAAUGAUAUUUUUAUGUAUUCUGUAAUUUUGUAGGCUAUGUGGAUUUCCGCCUUUUUACAGUAACCAUGGUGCAGCGAUAUCACCAGGCAUGAAGAAACGAAUACGACAAGGACAAUAUAGUUUCCCAGAUCCAGAGUGGAGUAAUGUGUCAACACAAGGUAUAUAUAUAUAUAUAUAUAUAUAUAUAUAUAUAUAUAUAUAUAUAUAUAUAUAUAUAUAUAUAUAUAUAUAUAUAUAUAUAUAUAUAUAUAUAUAUAUAUAUAUAUAUAUAUAUAUAUAUAUAUAUAUAUAUAUAUACCAAUGUUACCAGAUGAUUUUGAAAAGAACCCAUUAUAAACAUGUACAUCUAUCGUACCAUACCUAAAUAUUACCAAGCAUGCCAUAAGGGGGGAUUUCCACUUACAGAGAAAUAUUUCGUCGUCGAAAUAUUUCGCUUGAUUUCUUUUGAAUUGUGACCAUCCGAAUGAAUCAGUUCUACUUGACCGCUCACAAUUCAAAAGAAAUUGAGCAAGUGGCAAUCCAGUUUAAUAGACAAUGACAAUCGCAGACAGUGGCGGAAAUCUUGGUGGGGCGACCGCCCCCCCCCCCCCCCCCCUUUACGGAAAAUUGCCGGAAAUUUUCGGAAAUUUUGGCUGGGAGCUAAACUAGUCUUUUGAUUACAGAGGGUUGUCAGGCAUUGAAAGUUUGUCGGGGCCCCCCCCCCCCACCGGAGAAAGUGAAUUUCCGCCACUGAUCGCAGAGGUUGGUGUAAUUCCUCUAUAUAUAAACAACGUAUAUAUAUACCAAGUCAAAUUAAAGAUCUGUUUUGGGUUAUCGCAUUGUUUGAUGAAACUGCGAGAUUGCCUUGGUGGCUUCCUAGUUCCCUCCCCACCACACCUUUGUUGGUAACCGGAUUUCGUUCCCGGAAACGGCUCGAUUCCACUUCGGUUGUAUUUUGUAGUCCAGUUUGUAAAAGUGUUUUUUUCCUCAUUAAGGUCAGCGCUUAAGUAUAGUGCUGGAAAUAAACCUCGUUAUUAUACUGUGCCAACUAUUUUAUUCAUGUGUCUUUUUUCGUACAGCGAAAGAUUUGAUUUGUGGUCUACUAAAGACUGAGCCACGUGAAAGAUAUACGGUAGAAAUGGUUAUAAAUAAUCCUUGGAUAAAGGUAUGUUAUCAAUAGAGACAUCCGAAUACAAUGAACUUGCCAGACCGCAGAAAGAUUUCGGGGUGGCCCGGGGAAUUGUUUUCAGGCUCCCUUAUGACGUCAUAAAUUAAAAUUUACGAAGGCCAGAUACUGUUUUUCAAGCUCUCUAAAAUUGACCAUUGAUUGGUCAAACCCAGAUUACAGUUUAGUAUUUAUAAAUUAAAGUUUUUUACAUACGUAGUAGUAGCAGCUUUUCUACAACCACUAUCUAUUCACUAUAGGAUAGCGCUAUUUGGCCUUCGUAGAACCGGUCCCUAUAAAGAUAAAUAUUUACUCUUAUUUUUCUUACACAGGCGUAUACUGAAGUUCCAUCCACACCUCUACACACAGCUAGUGUUUUAAAAGAUGAGACAGACAACUGGCAGGAUAUGCAGGUAUUAUUAUUAUUAUAAAACUAAAAUAUAGAUUUCAUAGUGGUUGGCAAUGUUCAAGUUAGGCAGAUACCUUCCAAAAUAUCCAUAUUUGGUUGUCCCCAGGGCGCUUAUUUGCGCAAGAUGGCGGCAGAGCAAUGCGGUGAUCGAUGUGUAAUGUGGGGAAAGGCAGGCAUGCACGACCGUUACUUUUUGGAAAAAAAUCAGACUUUUACAAAGAUACUUAAAAGUUUUUCGCGCGAAGCGAAAACAAUAAUUUCGACAAUGUGACUGGUUAGCGAAAAAAUUCACCGCGAAGAAUGGGAAGUUCCUCAUGGCGAAUUUUUUCGCUAACCAGUCAAACGCGAACAAAUUUGCCUACUGAUGAACGGGUUUCAUGACUCUUGCAUUGUACCUGACGAAAAAUAACUGAAUCUGCUUAAUUAUCAUAUUACACUGGAAUUAUAUCCUCAGCAAAUCUUACCCCAGCCCAUAUUUAUUUUGCUGUGGUAUAACAACAGCAGGCUCGGUAACAAUCCUUUGUGUCGCAAUCAAUUAACGCGCCUACACGUAUUUACGUUUUAUCGCCCGUUAUAAAAGCCUCUGAAGCGCCCUGGAGUCUUCAAAAUUGUCAAUCACAAUUGAUCUUAGGGAAAAUCAUCACUCUCGGCGCUUUCAACAACAAGAAAUAGCCCAUGCAAUGUGCUCUCAGUCUUGAUCUCGACCUGACUAUUAAGCACUUUUCUUGCGAGAGUAACUCCUAGUUUAAAUUUGUUCUUUUAGGCUGAAUUUGACCUGACACUACAGUCAAUGAGAGUUGACUUCGAAAAACCAAUUAUAUUGAAAACUGUAGACAAAGCAAAGAACUCGCUUUUGGGAAGGCGGAAGAAGUCAAAAGAAAGCUCAAAAUAAUAUAUGUGAUUAGUACAUUAUUUUGAUCGAGAUUUAUUACUUUAAUGGUUUUAGACGAAUUUGAAAAAUGAUGGGAUGGGGUUUUUUCGAAUUAAUAACAUAGGUAUUGUGGAGUGUACUUUUAAAAAUGUGUGAUCGCUCAUAAAAGUAACUGUCAAAGACCAUGCAUAUAUACCUCAUAUAAAAUUGUAUAAACUUGCAGUCAGGGCUUGAAAUAGAGGCCUGGCUGCAGUGGCCAAAAGCAGGCCAUAUUUUAGCAAUUGCAGGCAAAAAUUUAUCUGACCUGCCAAGUCAAAAAAUAAAAUUGCAGGUGAAUUUCUACAGUUGUUAUAUUUCAUUUGCUUACGACGUACUAGUAUAUAUUCUUAAUUUUUCGCGUUUUUAAUGACUCGCGUAGUGGAUAUAUUUUAAAAUAUCAAAUAUAUUUUAAAACUGUUUUAAUGAGAUGUCCAUUAGAUUGGGUUUAUGGGACCAGUUUGGCAGUUUAAGAAUAGAUAUGACUGGCAUAUUUUUUUAGACCUGCCGAAAAAUAUAGUGCAUAAGGCCAUAGUUUUUCCUAUUUCGAGCCCUCGUGAUUGCAGUCUGAAUUUCUGGGUGUUGCUACAACACCAAAAUAGUGUAAAUCAUUGCAUGCAGCUCUGCAGACAACCUCGCAAGCCAGGGUCUUUACCUCCACACGGCGCUGCGGAGGUAACAACCCUGGCUGCGAGGUUACUCUGUAGGCACUGCAUAUAAUGACUGAUUCAAUGUAAAUGUUAACACCAAUUUUUUGUUAGUGAACACCAAAUUUACACUCAAUUAUUAAAACAGCUAUAACACUUAUUGGGUGUAAAUAUAACAAAAAUAGUAUUAACAUUUGCACUAAACCGAGUCUACAGAGCUACGGUGAUUUGCACCAUUUUGGUGUUGUAGUAAACUUGGAAAUUUAGAGUGUGUUCUUAUGUUAUCUUUGAUCCAAGGCGCUGUUUAUAUGGCCUCGGGUACCACCGUACCAGGGACAUCCUACCCCCCGAGACAACUUUACCGUGCGUUUAUAUGAUAAAACUCAGAAAGGCAUAACGCGGGGAAUACUCCGUUUUUUGUUCGAAAUACUUCGUUUUUGUUCGUUUAUGUUGUUUUUAAUAAAAAGUUUAUUGAGCAUGCGUAGGUCUAAAUAGUUGCCCCUGGAGGCCGAGGCAAAUCAACGCAAACUGUUUACAUGGACAAAAGUUGUCCCUCCUACAAGGGUAACCCUGUUUCGUAAACAGGGUGUCCCUACAGCCAGGGUGACCCUAUACAGUCGAGACGAGUUGAAAACUUUCCAUAUAAACACUUGCGUUUAAAUGUUAUAUAAUGAAUAUAAUUUUGCCUCUCCCAGGGUAGCUCGGCGGGUAGGGUUUCCCUAGUACCCGAGAUCAUAUAAACAGCACCCAAGUCUGUAAGUGACUUUGUACAAGCUAUUCUUGUAUUCACGGUCGUCUCUGGCAAAGCUUAAAGCGAAAACGUAAACUUGUGCUUUGACGACCAUAACCAUUGUCCCUGAAACAGCCAAACAGAUAUAUAGCCUACUACGCAGGUAUUUCAUUUCGUGCCCACCUAUCUAUGAUGGUCACACACAUUGGCAAAACAGCACUUGAUUGAAACGUUGAUAAUGUAUCCUAUACCUAAUUAAGUUCGAUCCGAAGGUUGUAAAGGUAUUGCACGCACAGAUCUGGUUGCUUGCCUUCAUAAAUAUUUGAACAUUUUGGACGCAAACUCGGCCAUGUAUUUAAUAAUACUAAUAGCAUGAAUCAUAUGAAUAAUGUAUAAUGAAAAUUUGUAAUGAAUGGAAAGGAUCUUAGAAGUGCUUACGUCACGUAAUUUUCAAACAAUGAAUUAUUGCCCCAGAAGUAUCCCACAAUGCACUGGCAUUCCAGAAGUCCUCUGUAUUCAAAAUUGCGUGACGUAAGUACUUCUAAUUAAGAUCCAUUGUUUUACACGAUUUUCAAACAUUUAAAUGUUGGGUAUUCGUACAAAAAUUGGUCAUAAUUAAUAUUUGUGAAUAAAUAUUUUGCACCAAUUUUGUCAUUUGUUACAUAAUCAUCG